UAGGGAACUCCGCUCGCUGUUGCCCCCUGUUCGUAAUUUAAAUAGAGAGGGGGGGUGGGGGGGCGAGUCCCCGCGUGGCCGGUGCCUACCCUCGAAAGUCAUUUCCUCCCAUUUCCAUUUUCGCAUCUCUUCCGGUUUGAGUAGUUCAGGCUUCCGUUUCCAUUUCUGUUGUUGGUCAAUCUUUAGGGUUUUUCGCAGCCAACCUCGGAGGGAAGAGUCGCGAAAAUGGCUCUGUCUUCUCUCCUCCGCUCAUCCCCUGCCGCCGCUGCUCCUCCUGCCGUCUCCCACCUCUCUCCCCUCCCUUCCGAUCCCUUCAAGGUCUCGCCCAGCAAUGUCAACCUUUCACGCCUUCACUCCAGCUUCACCGGCACUCCUGUCCCCACCGGAUCCAUUUCCUUCCAGAAAUGCUCUGCCAGGAGCAUUCAGCCUGUUAAAGCUACAGCUGUUGAUGUGCGGCCUAUUGUUCCAAGAUCGGAUCGCAGCAACAAGACAAAGAUUGGAAUCAAUGGGUUUGGUCGGAUCGGAAGAUUGGUGCUUCGGAUAGCAACCUCCAGGGAUGAUAUUGACGUAGUAGCUGUCAAUGAUCCUUUUAUCGAUGCUAAAUACAUGGCUUACAUGUUCAAGUAUGACUCUACUCAUGGAGUUUACAAUGGAACAAUCAAUGUUAUAGAUGAGUCCACCUUGGAGAUUAAUGGAAAGCAAAUUAAAGUUGAAAGCAAAAGAAAUCCCGAAGAGAUUCCUUGGGGUUUUCAUGGGGCUGAGUAUGUUGUUGAAUCCUCUGGAGUUUUCACUACAUUGGACAAGGCUUCCACACAUUUGAAGGCUGGCGCCAAGAAAGUGGUUAUAUCAGCUCCUUCAGCCAAUGCACCUAUGUUUGUGGUUGGAGUAAAUGAAAAGACGUACAAGUCAAGCAUGGAUAUAGUUUCUAAUGCAAGCUGCACAACCAAUUGUCUUGCUCCUCUGGCCAAGGUUGUUCAUGAGGAAUUUGGUAUAAUUGAAGGUUUGAUGACGACUGUACAUGCAACUACAGCAACCCAAAAGACAGUGGAUGGUCCUUCGAUGAAAGAUUGGCGUGGGGGCCGUGGAGCUGCUCAAAACAUCAUUCCCAGUUCCACUGGUGCUGCAAAGGCUGUUGGAAAGGUUCUUCCUGAACUCAACGGAAAACUCACUGGGAUGGCUUUCCGUGUCCCAACUCCUAAUGUUUCUGUUGUUGACUUAACUUGUCGACUUGAGAAGAGUGCUUCUUAUGAAGAUGUGAAGGCAGCUAUUAAGUAUGCAUCGGAGGGUCCACUCAAGGGCAUCCUUGGAUAUACAGAUGAGGAUGUUGUCUCAAAUGAUUUUGUCGGUGAUUCCAGAUCAAGUAUAUUCGAUGCGAAGGCAGGUAUAGGUCUAAACAACUCUUUCAUGAAGCUGGUUUCGUGGUACGACAAUGAAUGGGGGUACAGCAACCGAGUCCUAGACUUGAUCGAGCACAUGGCGUUGGUUGCAGCCCACAAGUGAAUGAUGAGUGGUGCUACCUAGUGAUCUGAAUUUGCGGCAUGCUUACUUCAUUUACAAGAGUUAUGAUGCUCCAUUGCGAUUUCCGAUUAUUCAAUACAAGCCUGUAUUAUCUUAUGGACAAUUUUACUUGAACAGGAUCUGUUCUAUAGUUUCGUACCUCUGUCUGGAACCGGGCAGUUCAUGGUGCCUUCAACAUAAUAACGAAUCAGAUUUUUUCCC